GAGCAGCUCGCGCGCGCCCAAGCCUUGUCUGUGUUUGUCAUCACGUUGCGUCUCGGUUUUGCUCGUUCGUCCGCGGGAGAGUGAGUGCGAUGCACCAUAUAUUCGCUAUGUCGCCGUCCAUCCACCAGCCCGUGAGAGAGUGUACGAGAUAGGUAUCUGUCUUCGUGGAAGUCGUGGAUUUUGGCCACAGUGAGUCGCAGUCACACAAACGGGAGAAGAAAAAAUACUAAGCGUAGUGACGAAAAGUGUACUUCUGGUCGGAAAUUGGCCAUUUUUCGGGUAAACCAAGUGAUUCCAGUGCCUGUGGGGAAUUCGGGAAGCGCGAUUCGUUGGUCAAGUGUGCAGUGGAAUGGUGUUUGCUGUCGAUUUGAUCCGAAAGGGAACGUAAGGAGGGAGCAGCAAAAGUCGAGCUCUGGUGGAGGAGGAGUAGUAAAAAUGGAACAAGAAGCAGCAGCACUGGUAGACGUUGAGAGUCGCUGCCGUUUGUGCUUCUCGGUCGAGGACCUAACUUGUUCCCUCUUCCUGCCUGAAGGUGAACCCAGUCGGGAGGUGAUCGAUAUGAUAUUAGAGUGCACUUCGAUACGGAUAACCUUGGCGGAAGACUACCCAUCGAAAGUGUGCGAAGCAUGUUUAGAGACGUUAGACAAGUUCCACCACUAUCGACAGCGAUGCUUGCAGAACGACAAAAUAUUGAAAUCUCAUCGCGAUGGCAAGGCCAAACCAGCUCAGGAACAGCGCCCUCCGGUGCAAGUCAAGCAGGAACCAGUACAUUUAGACGAGGUCACCGCGGCUGCUGUCGUUCCGGAACCCCCAGAAGCGGAUCCACAUGCUCAAGCGGUUAAACAAGAAGAUCCCGGUGGUUCAUCCAUCCUUCGUAGCAUUUUGCUUCAAAGCAGAGAAUCAGGUCGGGCACCAUCAACGGCUUCGGCUGAGCACGAGUUAGAACAAGACAAUCCUUUAGCAAUUGUCGCACAACCAAGUGAAGAUGAAGAUCGCAAAGAUCUCUCCCCCAAGGAAGAAAAACCGCAACUUCCUCCGGCUCAAGCUUCCCUCCUGCAGCAAAUGCUACUCCAACAACAAGGUUUCUCGUCACGAGAAACACAGCCUUCUCCUCAUCCGGGUCCAAGCCACUUGGAAGCAUCCCCUUCUCUUCUAAAACGAAUGCUCCUGGAAGGCGGUAGCUCCAACCAGGACCGUCAAUCUCCUUUGGAAGGGCCCAGCACUCUCAAUCAUAGACCCCCAACACGGACGGAAAAUCCACAAGAACCCACAAUGAACCAACACCACCAUCAUGAUGAAAACCACAACGAAGAACAUUCCGAGACGCCACUGGCUUCACAGUUACGAGCAAUUCUACUGCAGCAUCGGGCGGCAGCGGCAGCCGUCGCUGCAGCCGGCUCCACAUCGUCGUCGUCGACGACAACAACAAUGACCACAUCGUGCAGUAACUCGGCAGUCCAGCAUGAACAACAACAGCAGUCUCAGCAGCAGCAGCAGCAACAGCAACAACAACACCAUCAGUUGCAACAAGCGCAACUGGAGAAACCGGAAGUUUCCUAUCUGAGGAGUCUAUUCAUGAGGAACGAUUCCGACGGCAACGAGGACAGCGAAGGUGAAGUUACCGUCGACCCGAACGAGCAAGCCAACCGGGAGAUUUUGUUCAACAUGUUCCAGGAGCUGCAGGCUAAGAACGAGCAAAACUCCGACGACACAGACGACUCCGAGGAUCGUGCCUUCGAUUACAGGAUUCCGAGCGUACGACGUCGCAGCUCGGAAUCGACCGAAUCUCGCAAGCGCCGCCGGAUGGACUUCACCUGUCUGCUAUGCGGUAGACCUUUCCUAAACCGAUCCAAGCUUGUGCUUCACAUGCGAACCCACAUCGACCCACCGGAAUCUACGGCACCGUCGUCAGCGGGUUCAACCCUACCAUCGGCGUCGGUUACGGCGCAUAACACUAACUCGGCUGCCGCAGCUGCAGCGGCCGCUGCUCUGGCUGCUGCCAGUGCAGGUCCAGUUGCGGCAGCUGCUGCUGCUGCGGUUGCUGCCGCAGCCGCUGCUGCAGCAGCAGCGGUGCCCCAUGGUGAAAAUGCCACCGGCGCCACCGCCGAAGAUGACGAAGAAAGUCGCCAAAUCGAACUAUUGGAGCGACGAUCGUAUGCAUGCUACAUUUGCGGAGCCGAUCAGAACAAUCUGCAACAGCUCAAAGAACACCUGCUGCUUGCCCACCAGGAUAGGAUUCGGUCCAGGGGCCGUGCCAAGGAGCGACCGAAGCCACUCAUCAACUGUAACUUCUGUAGUCGCCAAUUCCGGAGCCAGUUCGCCUACGGAGAACACCUGCGGACACAUACCGGCGAACGGCCCUUUCCGUGCGAUCAGUGUGAUAAGCGGUUCCCACGGCGCUUCCAAUUGCUAGGCCAUCUCUACAACGUCCACAAACAAUCCUGGGUGGCGGAUGAAUCGAAGGCAAAAUUUGUCAAAAAGUAGCGACAAUGAUCCGCGAUUCCCGGUAUAGAAACAGAGAGAAAUAGACGAAUCGCGUCGCGCAACGCGUAGACACUCUAAUAGAAUGAUGAUGACACAGGAAAAAAAUAGUUCUUUCGGCGACAUCGACGAAGGGCGGUAGUUUGUUGAUAAUAUUCUUCCGUUUUAAUUUUUUUUAUUAUUUUUGAUACAUUUAUAACAAAUAAAAAAUUAUACCUUUUAUUAUCUGUUGAAAAGUAUAGCAUACAAUUUUAUACGAAACAUA